AUGGGGGAGAGGGGGGUCCCGCAGAGGGUGAAGCGGCUCCGGUGGCGAGGGGAGCACCAGCUUGCGACGCUCUCUGGACACGAGGAGCACAGCGAGGAGCACGGCCCGCCUCCCCCGAGGGGCCAACCCCCUGACACGCUGCCUCGCGUGCAGGACCCGAAGCCCGGCUUCCCAGGAGCCCAACUCCCCGCCGGAGCUGGGCAAAAAACCGCACGUUCCCACGUCCAAGCCCCGUGUCUCUGGCUCCAGCCCUCUGCCUCCAAACCAGCCGCGGACCCUCAGAGCCCAGGCAGCCUGUCCACUGCCCAGAUCCUCGGGCCUCGCGCCCCAACACGAAUUCACUCCAGCACACGGGAUGGUUCCUUCCAUCCCUCCGUCCAUCCAGCUCCCAUCCCUUCCUGGGAGCCCAGAGAUGCAGGCAGCCAGGGCCAGGCAGAGCUGCUCCGCUGGCGCUUUGGCGCCGUCUGGCGGACACCGGCCCGAACAGCAACGGCCAGCCCUUCCUCUGCCUCCAGCAGUGGGCCCCUGGCCUGCACUGGCCUGGGGGCCCUGGGGGCCCUGGCCGCCGCCGCCCCGUCUCCUGACCCCUCUCCCUGGCAGCGCACUGAGAGGCAGGAUGGGCGCGGGGGGCCGGGGCGGGGCGACCCUCGCCCGGAGGGCCGGCUGCCGGGCCAUCGGCAGCCCUCGGCCCUGGCAUGCGAGCUCGAGAGCAGGGACCUCCCAGGGGGUUGUCGCUUUUACCUGGAUGAUGCGGCGAGGCGCCUGGGCACAGGGGUCCAGCGGAGGAGGAGCAGGCUCGGGCGGAGCGGAGAGGGGCAGGAUCUUCCGGAGGGAAGGGGCCCGGGGAUAGGCUCGGUCCUCCCGCCCGCUCCCAGGCAACCCCCUCGCCCCUACCCCGAAAGACCAGCGCCUGGAAGCUGCCUUCACGACCGAGGGCCCAGCUGGCCAGAAGCCGGACGCCACGCCGGCCUCUUUCUAAACCUAGGGCACGGCGCGUCUCGGAUCCCGGCCCGGCCUGGGGCCCUAGCGGUGGUGGCGGCACCUGGGCCCUUCGCCGGAGCGGAGGCACGUUGGGCCACCGGGUCAGAGGCGCCCUGGACCCAAACGCGGGCAUCUGGGCAGCUGGGCAGCUCGCUGGGUCUCCUCCACCGGUCCACCGCCCACGGCCUAGCUGAGCCUGGAGAUGUGGGCCGCGUGCCGGCAGAGGGGCUCCCGCGGCUGCCCUGGGGCCUUCUGGCCGGCGUGUGCGCGGACAGCCCCUCGCAGCCCUUCCUCCGCCUCCCACAGCCCAGCGCUGGCCUGCACCGGCCGGGGCCUCGGGCCAGCGUCCCUUCCUCCCGCCCCUCCCUCCGCCCACCCCGAAAGGCUCCGGGAGCCGGGCCACGACCCUCGCGAGCACGGCCGGGGCACACACCCCACCCGACACCACCCCAACGUUUUGGUGUCGGCCACCCCCCUGCCUCAGUGCCAAGGGCCGGCUUUGACACGGGCCCCCGGCAUCCCGGCGACUCAGCUGAAAGGCGGUACCUGCCGGGGGAUACGCCCCUUCCCUGGUUUGAUGGGGGAGAGGGGGGUCCCGCAGAGGGUGAAGCGGCUCCGGUGGCGAGGGGAGCACCAGCUUGCGACGCUCUCUGGACACGAGGAGCACAGCGAGGAGCACGGCCCGCCUCCCCCGAGGGGCCAACCCCCUGA